AUGCCAGAGACUCCAAAAUACCCUAUUGUUUUAGCUCAUGGCCUAUUUGGCUUCGCUGAACUACGCCUCUCUCCCUAUUUCCCAGCAGUAGAAUACUGGCAUGGAAUUCGCGAUGCCCUCACCGCGCAGGGCGCAUCCGUCAUAACUCCCACUGUUCCUCCAUCUUCUUCCAUUGCUGAUCGCGCUGCCGCUCUUCGUUCCGCUCUUGAAGCGCACGCUCCAGCCCCUGAGGCUUUCACCAUCGUGGCACACAGCAUGGGCGGUCUUGACGCUCGGUAUAUGCUUUCCCACCUGGAACCGCUUCCCGUUCGUGUUGCGGCACUCGUCACAGUUGCUACUCCACACCGAGGGAGCGCCUUUGCAGACUACCUUCUUGAUGAAGAGGUCUCGCCGUUGCAUCAAUACCUGCCUCGCUUAUAUCAGACCUUUGAGAGGGCUGGUCUUGGCACAGCGGCCUUCUCGCAGCUGACCAGACGGUACAUGGCCGAGGAAUUCAAUCCGAGCACGCCGGACCGGGCAGACGUACGGUAUUUCUCGUACGGCGCGGCUGUGGAGCGGCCGACGCUGUUGAGCCCAUUCCGGCACCCACACGCCGUUAUGACCCAGGCAGAGGGACCCAACGACGGACUUGUGAGUGUGGAGAGCAGUCACUGGGGUACAUAUAAAGGCACGUUGCUUGGGAACACAGCCACCUGGCUGCGAACACUCGACGAGAACCCGUCCUCCAGCACAUUUGUCCCACGAGAUCCGGUGAUUCAACUGGCAUCCGACAAGCGAGGAAUUGGUGAGGGACGUAACCGAAGUUGA